AUGCACCGGACAGUCACCUCGAGGAAGGUCAAGGAUCCGGAUCACCUCUGCACUUGCGCUUUCUUCAUUCACUCUCUUGGCAAUCUAUUUUGCGUGAUAAGUCUUAUCCUUGGAGGUAUUGUAUUUGGCAUCAGUCUGACAACAAUCCUCACGCACAGUGAGGUAUCCCGAGUCUUUGAUGCCACCAUCUACUAUUAUGGUGUGUACGUCCUCCUCUUCGCCGGUCUCUGUACUGCCUGUCUGGCGUUGUUUGGCAUCUGUGGAAUGUCCGCCGACAAUAGGUUUCUCCUAAUAACGCUUUUUAUCGGCGCUCUGAUUGUCGCUAUACUAGUGAUUGUCGCUCUCGUCUUCAUCCUCUUCUUUCCCUAUCCCUCCGAGCAGGUCAUCAAGGAUGCUAUGCUGCGCAACCUAAAGGAGAGCUAUGGAUCUUCUGCCCUGAGCACAUACGUUUGGGACUAUAUGCAGAGCUAUUUGCAAUGCUGUGCUGUCGAGAACAGCGGCUGGAGCGCUUACCUCAACUCUGAAUGGUUCAAUACUACUAAUGAAAUGCCUUACCUGAACGCACGCAUAAUAUCUGAUCCAGUGGACACCAGCCGAACUGCCCUGAUCGUCUUCCACAAAAAGGCCGAUGACAAAGACCAAUAUCUUGUGCCGCGUCUGUGUAGCCUCGCUUGA